GGAAAGACCCGAGCAGCCCCCCCCACUCCGCCAUCUUUCAAUAGCUCAACGUAGUUACGCAGCAGAACUACAACUCCCACAAUCUGGCGUCAUUGCGUGUCACGUUUAGCAACAGCCAGUCACCGACGGAAAAAAACAGCCGCUUCCGUGUUGUUCUUGUGUUAUUUUGGUUAAAACCAGUCGUCGGUGGCUCCGGGUUCGUCCCCGUCAUGAUCCUGUGAAGCUCUCACGCACUUUCCGCCGUUUCCCAGCCGAGAUGUCGCUGCUGCCGAGCUCCAAGAAGAAAGACAAGCGCAUUCUGUCCGGUACCUGCCCGGACCCCAAAUGUCAGGCGAGGCUGUUCUUCCCCGCUCACGGCUCCGUUAGCAUCGAGUGCACCGAGUGUGGACAACGACACGAGCAGAGGAACCUGCUCAACGUCGAGGAGGUGACGGAUCCGGAUGUCGUGCUCCACAAUCUGCUCAGAAACGCCCUGCUCGGUGUCACCGGGGCCCCGAAGAAGGGGACCGAGCUGGUGAAGGUGAUGGGGCUCUCGAACUACCACUGCAAGCUCCUGUCUCCGGUCCUCACCCGGUACGGCAUGGACAAACAAACCGGCAAGGCCAAGCUGCUGAGGGACAUGAACCAGGGUGAGAUGUUUGACUGCUCGCUCCUGGGAGACAGGGCUUUCCUCAUCGAGCCGGACCAUGUGUCCACCAUGGGCUACGGCAAGGACCGGUCCGGGAGCCUCAUUUACCUCCAUGACACCCUGGAGGAGGUUAAGAAAGCCAACAGCAACAGAGAGUGUCUCAUUCCCGUCCAUGUAGAUGGAGACGGGCACUGCCUGGUCCACGCUGUGUCCAGAGCGCUGGUAGGCAGAGAACUGUUCUGGCAUGCGCUGAGGGAGAACCUCAAACAGAACUUCAAGAAGAACCUGGACCGCUACAAAGCCCUGUUUCAGGACUUUAUCGACGCUGCCGAGUGGGAGGACAUUAUCAACGAAUGUGACCCCCUGUUCAUCCCGCCUGAAGGUGUGCCGCUCGGACUGCGGAACAUCCACAUAUUUGGAUUAGCCAACGUCCUCCACCGACCCAUAAUCCUGCUGGACUCCUUGAGUGGAAUGAGGAGUUCUGGGGAUUAUUCAGCCACCUUCCUGCCCGGCCUGGUGGAUGAGGAGCAGUGUCGGGGGAAAGACGGGAAGCUCAACAAACCCAUCUGCAUCGCCUGGAGCAGCUCCGGCAGGAACCACUACAUCCCUCUGGUGGGAAUCAAGAACACGGUGCUGCCCAAGCUGCCGGCCCGUCUGCUGCCGAAGGCCUGGGGCGUCCCUCAGGAGCUCAUCAGGAAGUACAUCAAGCUGGAGCAAGACGGGAGCUGCGUGAUCGGCGGAGAUCGCAGCUUGCAGGAUAAAUAUCUGAUGAGGCUGGUCAAUGCCAUGGAGGAGGUGUUCGUGGAGAAGCACAGCAUCCACCCAUCGCUGGUGGCUGACGUGCACCAGUACGUCUACAGACGGACCGGCGUGAUCGGCAUCCAGCCCGAGGAGGUGACUGAGGCUGCUAAGAAAUCAGUGAUGGAGAACCGGCUGCACCGCUGCCUGAUCUGCGGCGCCCUCUCCGAGCUCCACGUCCCACAGGAUUGGCUGGUUCCUGGUGGGAAGCUCUACAACUUGGCCAAAUCUACACACGGUCAAUUGCGACCGGACAAGAACUACAGCUUCCCCCUUAAUAACGUGGUCUGCUCUUAUGACCCCCAGCGGGACGUCCUCAUCGCAGAUUACAAACUGAGCUCCCUCAACACCUGCAACUGGUGUCAUGGCACGUCAGUCCGCCACAUCCGUGGCAGCGGGUCAGUGGUUUACUUGGACGGGGACAGAACCAACACCCGCUCUCAGGGGGGCAAAUGUGGAUGUGGGUUCAAGCAUUACUGGGAGGGAAAAGAAUACGACAACCUCCCUGAAGCCUUCCCCAUCACGCUGGAGUGGGGGGGUCGGGUGGUGCGAGAGACUGUGUACUGGUUCCAGUAUGAGGCAGACACAGCGUUGAACAGCAAUGUGUAUGACGUCGCUAUGAAACUGGUCACCAAGCACUUUCCUGGGGAGUUUGGUAGCGAGAUCCUGGUGCAGAAGGUGGUAAACACCAUCCUGCAUCACACUGCCAAAAAGAACCCGGAUGAGUAUAACCCAGUGUCCAUCGACGGGGCUCAUGUCCAGCGUCUGACGGACACCAGUGAGACUGAGCAGGCGGCGGACACCCAGCCGCCCACUAAAAUCAUCCUGACUGGUCCCAAAGCAAAGACGCUCCAUAAAGAGGAGCUGACGAUGAGCCGAGCUGAGCGCAGCCUCCAGCAGAGCAUCAGCGAGCAAGCCUUCGUCACUCAGAGGCGACGGACUGACAAGUUGAAGCAGGAGCAGAGAGGCCACGGCCGGACGUCUUCCCCCGGGGGGUCUCCAGAAACAUCCUCGUCUUCGGCUCCAGCCACGCCCACCAAAUCCCCCUCCUCGUCCAAUAAGGAGAAGAAGAUCCGUGUGACCACCAGUGACGGCAGGCAGGCCAUGCUGACCCUGCAGGCUCAGACCACCUUCUCAGAGCUGCAACAGAGCAUCGCCAACCAGUUUGGCGUGCCGCCGCCACAGCAGUGCAUCCGCUACGGCUUCCCACCCAAAGAGCUGGUCCCCCCGAAGGACGGUGAGGAGAACGAGCCCAUGGCGCUGCAGCACGGUGACCGAGUGUCAGUGGAGAUACUGAAGGGCCCCGAGGACAAGAGCCCCGAGGACAAGAGCCCCUCCGCUUCCAUCCCUCGAGCCUCCAGCUCACACGCCUCCCUGCACUCAGUGAAGAGCGAGGACGCCGUGACAUCCGGCAGGAUGAGCACCCGGGAACUGCAGGACAGCAUUGACCUUGAGAUGUCCUCCCUCUGUCUCCUAGCAACCUUGAUGGGUGAAGAUGUUUGGUCCUACGCAAAGAAGCUGCCGCACCUAUUCCAGCAGGGGGGCGUCUUCUACAACAUUGUGAAGAAAGACAUGGGCCUGAUGGACGGGAAGCACUGCACGCUGCCUCACCUGACAGGGAAAACGUUUGUUUACAACGCAGCCGAGGAGCGUCUGGAGCUCUGUGUGGACACUGCUGGUCACUUCCCAGUCGGCCCUGACGUGGAGGAGCUGGUGAAGGAGGCGUUGGUGCAGCUGCGCUCGGAGACGACCACCAGGGGCAGCAGAGAGGGCAGCCCGUCACACGGCGUGCUGCGGCUGGGCAGCGGUGGCGUCAUUCGCAAGAAGGAGCAGCUGCAGAGCGUCAACGCCUUCCAGGGUAAAGGUCACUCCCUAGGCAGUGCCGGUGGCUCCUCCCCUCCAGAACACCGGCCUAUCACUCGCCAGCACAGCAGCGGCAUGGACCUGAGCGCCAGUGUGUCCAGAGGUCCACCAGACCUGUCGGACAUCCCUGAGGAUGCCACCAGGGAACUGGUCCGGAUGGCGCCAGGCUUCGUCACCAUGAAGGACAGUCGCGGUCUGGACCCCAGCCUGAUGGAGCAGCAGAGGAGGAAGCUGCAGGAGAUGGUCUCCUCCAUCCAGGCUUCCAUGGAGCGCCACCUGAGAGAGCAGCAGAGCGCCGCCGCCACAGGGGGCGGAGCCAGCCACGAUCUAACAGGCGGGACUAAGACGGGCACGGGCCAACCAACAUCUACAGCCAGCCAUGCACCUCCAGCUGCAGCAGAGGUGUCUCCAGCUGGCAAAGCAGAUGAGACGCCAGAGGAUCCGGAGGAGAUGGACAGCCAGGACUCCGGACAGCGCAGCGCCACCGAACCUAUGGAUCACUCCUGAUCCCUCCGGACCCCCACCGUGCUGACCCCGCCCCACCUGGCCAGCACCCGUGGGUCGUAACGCUCAGGUCGGAUCCCAAAGCUUCGGUUCUCAUCGUGUUUCCUUUACUGCAUGACUAAAGAGCGGGCCGGCCGCCCUCACCUCUCUGGGACUCUGGCUGGAGUCGAUGAGGCGAUAAAUGUGACGUCUGUGAUACAUCAUCGAUACGUUCACACAUUACCACAGUUCUGUUGCAGUCUGACGUUGUUGCUGUGUUUAAACUCUAUGCACUUUGUUACACACUCUGUCUCAGCUGUCUACGCCACAACAUCACGUAGUAAAUAAUAAAUGCAGCUUCUGAUUUAUUAACGCGUUUGAAAGAAAUUCUUUUGGCUUUUAGGAAAAGUUGUUCCUCUGUAUUUGAUUAUGUAUCAUGAACGAUGGUCUCACAAUAUAUCUCAGAGUCUGUAUGACGACAGAAUUGUAUCUUAAUCCCUGUGUGUGUGUGUGUGUGUGUGUGUGUGUGUGUGUGUGUGUGUGUGUGUGUGUGUGUGUGUGUGUGUGUGUGUGUGUGUGUGUGUGUGUGUGUGUGUGUGUGUGUGUGUGUGUGUGUGUGUGUUGAACACAUGUAUAUAGAAAAAAGUCCUUGACUCUUAAUCUGCCACCAGGAGGACAGCUGCUGGUUCACCUGCAGUGUCGUGUCCUGCGAACACACUUCUGACAAAGUGCACGAGCUUCUACACGGAACCGUCACUCAAAUCCAACCUCCACCACCUACUGGUGAGUAACAGCAGCUGCAGUUCUGACACUAGCGCCACCUGCAGGUAAAGGGUGUUACUGUUUUUUCCCCACGUGUGUUUUGAUUGUCUCUUUUAAAGGAGCAAUACAUAAAUAUUUGCUAAUUCCUCUUUGACCAUCAGCACCGACCGAUUCCAGGAAGAAAACGUACAUACAGCAACUAUUAAACAUUUUUUUAUUUUUACAUUUUAAACCUGGAGAGGUUAAAGUUAGUUUACUGCUGAAAGUCACGUGCCCUCUACCCACAGGCACGUCAGUACCUCUAUGUAUAUAAUAUAUAACCAUAGAUGUCAAAACUGAGAGGAAAUGUGUUUCAAAUCAUUUCAAAACAUUUACCUACAAUCAGACAAGCAGUUUAUUUUCACACUGUUAAUGUAAUAAUCCCAUUUAUUGGGCACAACCUCUUUAUAACCAGAUUUCUCAUAGAAAACUGUUGUAAUUGUGUUUUUAAAAAAAAGAAUAUUUGAGGAUACACAGUAGAAUAAUUACCUUUUGUUAUUAGCCUUGAAAAAAGUAUUGGUUGAGCUCCUGAUAAACUGAAGGAGACAUGCUGUGUUUAAUUGUCUGGAGGAGGUAAAAAACACACACACAGUAAAAUUAAAAGAAUUGUGCUGUCACCCUCAUUACCUGCUCGUGACACGGUGUUGGACUUUCAGCACCUGAGGACAAAGUUGUUCCUUCGAAGCAGCGCAGCCUCUUUUCUUCAGAGAAAACUGUAAAACUGAGAGGAGCAGUAAAAACUGCACAGCUCAUCAUCGCAGGGGACAAGAGAACGCCGACACAAGAAUCUGAAAAGAAUCUGUUUGCUGUCUUCCUUAAGGAAUUAUAUGUUCAUGAAGGGAAAAAGCAACAGGAGAAAUAUGUCUUCAUUUCUUAUUUCUAAAGAUUUAAGUUGUGAUUCCAAAGUCCAGAGGAACUUUGGGUUUAAAUUUCAUACUUUUCUGAACUUGAUAAAAAAAACACGUGUUGUUUUUUACUCAGAAGCCACAAAUAGUUUUUUUGAUCACCAGGAGAAACGACAUGGAAACUGGUGAAAUCAGCAGCUUAUAUUCUUGAUUCGUUAAGACAAAAGUCCCACGUUUUACACACCUGGACACGGAGACUCCAUUAAAGGAGGAGUUUGAGCUUUGGAGGAAACUCUUCUUCUCCUGCUCAGAUCGACUCUGGUGUUUAGUUUGUUCUCUCGGGACAGUUUGUACCAGACUGUGGACUUGAUGCUCAGCAGCUCUGUGCUAUGUACAGACAUGAGCGUGGUGUCGAUCUGAACAUCCAACUCUCAGCCAGAAAGAGGGAAACUCUUAUUUCUCAAAUAUCAAAAUGUUAAGACUGAAUGUCUGUUUACACUUUUGUUGCCAACAAAACGUCUGCGUUGCUGUUGAAAUGAGGGAGGAGCUGAUCCUCAGGCCUUAAAAUCAGUUUGUUUUACACUGAGGUUCUUUUGUCUCAAACUCCGUUUACUUCAGCUUAGUUUGACCUUUUUAUUUUCUGCUUUGUCUAAAAUCUCAAUCUUCAACUCAACCUUUGAAUCACAAUCUGUAAGUUUGAGAAAAAGAAGAAAUGAUUCAUCAGUCAGUCAGAAGGAGACACUGGUGUAACCAGCUUUUCCUUGUGACUGCUGUACCAAUGACAUGAGUUGUAAUCCACUUGUAUAAUAGUGUAUAAUGUAGAAUAUUUGGACUUGUACAUAAACAGAUGGUUCGGUUCCUUCAGCUUGUUUUUUGUUCACUUCUCUCUGGUUUGCUAAUAAAAUAUUAAUGAUUCAGUUUCAACAUCGCUGUUUGCAUGUGAGGAAUUUUCAACCCCAACAAUAAAAACACUUACUUCA